AUGUCAUACUCUCCGGACGCCGCUGCUUUAGAAAACAAGGCAAGAGGAGAGGGUGGUCGCUGGUGGCUGGUCAACGCUAAGCGAGCCCCACUUAACAAUCUUCUUAUCUGCAACUCCUCCCAGCGCCGUCUUCUUUUCAACCAUCUCCACAACACAGUCCGAAAUCCACAGUCAGACCACCUUUCUUCCCUCCAAAACUGGGGCCAAGAACAUUUACCCGUGGGCUUACGCUUUCAUGGUUGGCUCCUCCGAGGUCAAUGCCAAAAGGAAUGGGUCGGAUCUGGUGAGGCGGUGGAGAAUGAGGCUGUGACCAAGCUUUCCGAGGCCUUCUCGCCCAAGAAAUUAGAUGGUUCUUUCAAGUUGGUGUCCGUGGUUCUGAUUCGUCGGGAGCCUUACUAUACCGAAGAAUAUCAAGAACUCUUCGAUAAUUUCUGGAUCGAGCUUGUUCAAAACAACAUCUUCAAUGGUCCAUUGCAAUUUUUCCAAAAAGAGCUUCAAAAUAAUGCCGGCAACAAGUGGGGGUGUGGAUUAACCACGACAUGACAGUGAGCCUCCCCCACCAGAUCUGGAUGCAGAAGCCUGGAAAGCAGAAUGCGGACCAACCCAUCAAGCGAUACGCCACUCAUCCCGCUCGGUAUACGUUCCCAUCCUUGGAACACUACGAAUUGACCCUUGGUGCGGCAUUGGUUCACGAAAUCGGCCAUGAGCGGGAGGUGAUCGCCAAGUACUUCUCGCCUAAGAAAAUGCAAUACGCCUUCGUUUAUAGCUGUCAAGAGGGUCAGAUUUUCUUGAUGGUUGAAAUCCCCCAGGAUGGCGACCUCCAAGAGCUCGUUCCUGGCGAUAAGAUGGACCUCCACAUCAAAGCCCUCGUGGAUGAUAACUAUAACAACAUCAGUCCGCGCACGGGAUCUCCUGGCACCAUCAAGAAUGCCAGCGUGUUCAAGGUUAUCAACGCUGGCAAAUUCAUUCUCGAAAUCCGAAGCUAUGUCUCCUACGAAGUGAGAAAGCACUGGCUCCGCCGAGGCAGCUGGGUCGAGAUGGGCAUUCAAAUGCAGCAAAAUCUUCUGCCGGCCCAGCGUCAAUUGAUGGCUCUUGAACGAAUUGUGCAGCAGAGUCAACAGUCCAAGCGCCAAAAAUUGCAGAAUCUGCUCCUUCACGGAUCCAUGCCACAUAACGAGGACGCGCUCCCCAAACAUACUCUUAAUGAGUUGAGCGCGGAAGAGUUCACGGUCUGGUCACUGUUUAUGGACAGCCAACACCUCAACACUCGACAAACCGACGCAGUCCUCAAGGUAGUGGACAAUAACUUCUCCCUCGUCAUUGGUCCACCCGGCACUGGAAAGACAUCCUUUAAUGGAGUUGUCACGACUGCGUGCAGCGCUUCCGGCCACAAGGUCCUCGCCAACGCCCCAACUAACGACGCAUGCAAGGCGAUCGUCGAAUAGACGGAGCAAGUGAACAAUGCCUUGCGAAACCUGGUCGUUCAGGAUAAUGCUUUGCGGGGAGUUCCUGCGCGUAUGGCCGAUAGGAUGGGACUCUUGGUCUUGCCAACUUUGAGUGGCUUCAAGCGGGAUAUGUACCCGAAUCUCGAAAAGUACAAGGACCACCGUAUGAAGAAUUGGGUCGUCCCGGAUCAGUACAAACUCUGGCCUCGAAUGAAGGCCCAUAUCGAACGCGAAGCCCAACGUGGGGAGGCAGAGUACAUCCAAUGGCUCCGGGAUUACCAGUGUAUCGCUGGUGGUGGUAGAUUGGAAAAGGCAGCCGACAUGACCAAGUACCAGCUCCUUCUCAAAAAGGUCCAGUCGACGGUCAUUGAAAAUGGUGGCGUCAAUGUGAUUGUUUCCACCUGCAACAAUUCCGCCUUGUUGUGGGACCUCGGCAAAUGGAAACCAGACAUCGCACUCAUCGACGAGUGUGCCUACGCCCUCGAGAUGGAUUCCCUGAUCAGCCUUUCUCACGGAGCCGCCAACGUGUUGAUUGUCGGAGAUCACAACCAGCUACGACCUCUCGUCAAGUCCCGAGGAUUCCAGGAAUACGCCCAGCAGCACAGCACAUCCCUCUUCGAGCGCCUGGUGCACCUCUUCCCAGAGCAUGUAGUCAUGCUGAACGAGAAUUACCGCUCGCAUCCUGACGUCUCCGACUUUGUCUACAAGCUGACAUAUGGGCAUGUCGAGAACAAGUGGGCAAGUGUGCCUUCCAAUGUGGCCCAGGACGUCAACUUUGCGGUGGAAGAAGUCUUCCAGCAGUCCCGAUUGUGCCAGCACCUUGGUAUCACCCGUCGCGACCCUACCCUCGCCAAAUAUCCCAAGCAGAACCGAAGCCUUCGUUGUGUUCUAUUUAAUAUUAAAAAUGGUAAGUCUGGCCGCCUCCCCAACAGUGCUUCUUGAGUCAAUUACGCCAAUGUCAAUGCCAUUCUUGCAAUGGUAAGACAGAUGUAUGCUACUGUUGACCAGCAGGGAAACCGUGUCGUCGACCUCACCAAGGUCGUCAUCAUCACCGGAUAUCACGACCAGAUGGUCGCCAUUCGCAAUGCUCUCCGUCUCGACGGAUUCGACGAUACAAACGGUCCCUCGGUUAAGACAAUCGAUACCAUGCAAGGUAACGAGAAUAAUUGGAUCAUUUUCGACAUGACCACGGCCAAUCCAAACCACGGAGCCGAUCUGGGUUUCGUGGGAAAGGACUGGCAUCGACUUAAUGUUGCGCUGACCCGUGCACAGAAUAAUCUCUGGAUUGUAGGUAAUCUGGACCUGUGGUGGUCGGAACUCAACAUUAUUUAUGCCCACCACGACGCCCGAAAUCUCGCUUGUUUCCUGCUCGACCUCGUGCAGCGCGGCAACGUUCUCGACUGUUCUAAUGUCGACGCCGACCAUAUCAGUGGCGACGAUGAUCAUGGUGAUGAGGCGGUUUUGGCGAUGCCCAGUCCCGAGCCUGUCAUCAUUGACCCCGAAGUCAAGAAGCUCAAGGCCGAAUGGGCAGAUCUGACCAAACAACAGGCCUUCCUGGACAAACUCGCUCUUCGAGUUCAAAAGGUGUAUGAUUACGCCGAAACUGAACGUCUGGCCUUCCUGGCCAAUCCCCAACAUGUCGGUACAGCCGGCAAUUUCGAUGGACCCGAGGAGACUUCUGCUGUGGAGGAGGGUGAUGGAAAUGGGGAUGUUGAGAUGACGGGGACGGGUACCGGGGAGGGAGCUGUCGGGGAAGGAGCUACCGGGUCCGGGUUUGUGCAGGCCGGGGAGGACUUUGUAGACUUUGGCAGGUGCUCUACAACAGAGUACCUUGGAUCCCAGUCAAUAAUGGUGAUCUGGGAAUGGGGUGAUGGGUGA